GUCAUAUUUAAAAUGGCCGCUUUCAUAAUAGUCUCGCGUUUGACUUGCCGUUAGUUUGUUUAGUCGUUUUUACCUAAUUCCUGCUCUAACAUUUCGCUUUGACUUGCUCGGAUGAAAGCUGUGCAGGAUGCCCAAAUAUUACGAAGAUAAAGAGGAUGAUGGCCGCGCCUGCUCUGGAUUAAGAGAAGAUUUCAAAGCCUGUCUCCUUCAGCAUGACUGUGUAGUUAAGGAAGGCAAGAAGCCCAGUGAGUGUCUGAAGGAAGGACAUUGCAGAAGCAUGCAGGUGGCUUUCUUUGAGUGCAAGAGAUCCAUGCUGGACACCCGAUCUCGAUUCAGAGGCAGAAAAGGAGAAUGAAAAUCACUCACCUUGUGUUUUUAAUGAAGAUCCUGUGUCUUUUGCCUUUACACACAUUUGUUUAUAGGGAAAACUGCUGUCAUUGACUUGAGACUCUCUUGAACUGCACCAGUGUCAUCAAAUAAAAUAAAAUGUUUUCCAGUUCUGAAUAAUCCAAAACAAAUGUUAAACCAGUAGUAUUUUAAUUAUAAAAAUGUGCUUCAUAUAACUUGUAACAAACAUUUUUUUUUUUUAAUCUAAACCAGCUAUGCGGGAAUGGUUUUCAGUCAUCAUGAUUUUAUAAUCACAUAAUACAGCCAAUAGCAAUUGAUUAUCAACUUGUAUAUAAUAAUAUAUAUGGCUAUGGAUGUCAGCACUAUUUUAAAGAGUUCAUCAGGAGCUCUUUAAACCUCUCUAAGUCAACCUUCUUGAGGAUGUGGACUUUGUGAGUCUUCUUAAGGAGAUCCAGAUGAUCCACCACCAUCAUCCCACGGCAGCAGUUUCCUGCCAGCUCCACCGUCACAGCUCUCUGCUCACUUUCUAGGAUGAUGGUGCCAUCAAUGGCCGCCGCCAUGGCGUAAGAGUCGCAGGAGAUGAAACCCUGUCCUGCCACCAGCUCCUUCUCGAUCCUCUCGCUGUGGCUGUUCUUCAUGCUGUGCUGGAAGAUCUGCUUCAUGAAGCGAGCUUUAUCUGUGUCCUGCGCCAGCCACCCAUCACAGAACUCCUAAAAUCCACAUGCAGAGAGUGAGAUGUUUAUUACAUAACAUAUAAAGCAUUAAGCUGCGGUCACGCUAGAGUUUGUGCGUGCGAAAUUUUGUCGUACGGUGCUGCAAAAGGGCUGGGAUUAAACAAGAUGAUUAGACAUUUUUAAAAAAGUGAGUGAUUGCUCCAUGUUUUAAAUUUCUGUCCAGAGAGGUCAUGUUUUGAUCUUCGAUUAGUCUCACGCAAUCAUGUGAUGCGAUUUCACAGGUCAGAGUUCACCAAGCUUGAACUUUCCAAUCCUGCACAACUUGUCGCAUGAGCUAGCAUUUCCCGUCUCACGCAUUCUUGUGCAUAUGAAUGUAAGCCUAUGGUGAGAAAAGUGCAGUGUGACCGCAGCUUUAUGUAUAAGCGUGGUUAUAUUUUAUGAAGAUGUGGAUUGAUUACCCAGGGUAAUUUACUGUGGCAGGUGAACUCCCAAGCUGCAAUGUAAACCGGGCAAACAAAUUCAUUGAGAACAAUAUAAGCUGCUUCAGGAUCAGCUGCAAAGUUGAACUCUCCACACAUAGUGGUGUUUCCUCGAGCUACGGAGAAAAAAACAGGUUGAAUUAGAUUAAAAAUAGAAACUGGCUACAAGCAAUAUAGAUCAGUGUUUUCCAAGUACACGUUUUCAACCACUUCCCAAUCAAACACACCUCAAUCAACUCAUCAGAACAUUAGAAGAGACUCCAAAACCUGAAAUGAAUCAUCUAAAAUAUGUACUGUUGGUGUGCCUCCAGGGAAACACUGAUAUAGAUCAAACACAUGAUUCUAACGUAGGGCUGGUAAUAUAUAGUAGUCAAUCAUUUGAAAGUACAAAAAUUUUAUGAGAUUUUUCCGUAUUAAAUCACUUUUCUAUCUGAAUAUAUUAUGAAAUGCUAUUCCUGUUUUCAAGCUGAAUAUUCAUGAUAAAAUUCUCAGUAUUUAGUGUCACAUAACCCUUCAGAGAGCAUUGAAACUUGAAACAUUUCUGAUUUGUUGCUUUUUUAUAUCAGUGUAAAAACAAUGAUUUAGUUUUUUUUUAUAUAUACUAUUAUAUUUAGCAGUGAUGCAUUAAAUUAAAUGUGAGUUGAAGUACGGUUUAAAAAAAAUGUUUGCACAAAAAUCUGCGCAACUUAACAAGAAAUUUCCACACAAAACAACUCAAUUGAUUCAACUCGACUGAUUCUUUUUGAUUCAAACAUUCUAAAGUUAUCAUGUAGACAGUUUUUUUGAUAGAGAACAGAAGCCAUUACUGAAGGUGGUAAGACUAAAUAAACACCUCACAAUUCAGAGAUUAAUUUUUAAACACUGAGCUUAAAAGUCCAUUAAUCUUAAAGGAAUAGUUCAACCAAAAAUGAACUUUUUUCAUUUACUGACCUGACCUUUUGGUUGGUUUGUAUGCAAAGGAAGAUACAGUUUUAUGUAAAGAUUUGGGCACCCCUCUGUGGUUGCAUAGUAAUGUGCUCGUUCUUUAUAAAAGAUUGCAGUGACAUGCCAUUUGGUUUCUGGAGAAAGCUAGAUGUCAUGUUUUUAGACAGAUUCGCAGUGUAGCAGUACUGAGAUGUGUGAAAUUAAAUAGAAACUGAAAAAUAGGCUAAGCAAAAGUUUGUGUGGAUUUCAGAACCUGUAGUCACUUAUUGCUGAUUGAUUUGAUUGACUUAAGCUGCGGUCACACUGUACUUUUCUCCCCAUAGACUUCCAUUCAUUCGCGAGCAAAUCGUCAGACCAGAAACACAAGCUCGUGUGACAAGUUAAGCAGUUCGCUGCGUUGCAAAGUUCAAACUUGGUGAACUCUGACCUGCGAAAUUGCAUCACUUGAGUGUGUGAGACCAAUCGAAAAUCAAAACAUGACCUCUCUGAACAGAAAUUUUAAAUAUGGAGCAAUCGCUCGCUUUUUUUAAUGUCUUAUCAUCUUGUUUAAUCCCACCCUUUAAGCAGCGCCGUACUACAGAUUUUCACAACUCUAGUGUGACCGCAGCUUCAGUAAACCUUAACAAUCGUAACACAGGUGCAACUAAUCAUGAACAAGGAUAUUUAGGAUAGCUGAUUGCUAGAUGUGCUUCUCCUUAUUGUGAACUAGAAAGUAGCAACAUGGGAACCUCAGAAGAACUUCAUAACCUAAAAACUAGGAUAAUUCAUCAACAUGAAUUGGGAGAAGGAUUCAAAAAGCUGUCACAAAGGUUUAUCUCCACAGUCAGGAAUAUAGUAAGAAAAUGAAAGGUCACAGGAACAGUUCUUGGGAAGCAAAGACCCAAGAAAAAUAUCUGAAAGGCAAAGGCGAAGAAUAGUCAGAAUGGUCAUAGACAAACCACAGACCACCUCCAAAAAGCUCCAGGAACAUCUUGGUGCUAAUAAUGUCAUCGUGCAUUGUUCCACAGUCCAGCGCACUCUUCACAAAGAACAGCUCAAUGGAAGAUGAUGCAGAAGAAGCCUUUUCUGUGUUCUGCCAACAAGAAGAGUCGUUUGAGGUAUGCAGAGGCUCAUCUGGACAAGCCUGAAUUAUUUUGGACAAUACACUGUGGACAGAUGCCACAAUCAUAGGUGCUUAACAUGGCGGAAAAUGAACACAGCAUUACAGGAGAAGAACCUGCUCUCUACUGUAAAAUAUGAUGGAGGCUCCAUCAUGCUGUGGGGAUGUGUGGCAAGCACAGGUACUGGAAACCUUGUCAGAGUUCAAGGUCACAUGGAUUUCAGUAUCAGCAGAUUCUGUUCAGGAACCAGUCAAGAGGCUGAGGUUAUGGCAAGGUUGGAUGUUUCAGCAGGACAAUGACUCAAAGCACAGUUCCAGAUCUACCAAGGAAUUCAUGCUCAGACAUGAUACAAUGAUCUAGAAUGGCCAUCCUAGUCCCUAGACUUGAACAUCAUUAAAAAUCUAUGGAUUGAUUUGAAAAUGGCCCUUUAUGUUUAGCAAACAUCAAAUCUGACUGAACUAGAGAAACUGUGCAAUGAAGAAUGGUCCAAAAUGCCUUCAGCAUGAAUUCAAGGACUUAUCCUUGGCUAAAAGAAGUGUCUGCAGGCUGUUAUUUCAGCAAAAGGUGGCUGUACAAAAGAUUGAUGUCAUUAUUAUGUUGGGGUGCCCAAAUUUAUGCACCUGUCUGUUUUUGUUAAGACUUAAAUUGCAUUGCAUCUGUUGAUUAAAUAAAUGUUAUAUCAGAACUGAAA